UUGCCACCCGUUCGCGGGGCCGGCCGCUGCUCCGGCCCCACGAUGCAGAAUGUGAUUAACACGGUGAAGGGAAAGGCUCUGGAAGUGGCUGAGUACCUGACCCCGGUCCUCAAGGAAUCAAAGUUUAAGGAAACAGGUGUAAUCACCCCAGAAGAAUUUGUUGCAGCUGGAGAUCACUUAGUCCAUCACUGUCCAACAUGGCAAUGGGCCACAGGGGAAGAACCAAAAGUAAAGGCAUACCUACCCACGGGCAAACAAUUUUUGGUAACCAAAAAUGUGCCAUGCUACAAGCGGUGCAAACAGAUGGAGUAUUCAGAUGAAUUGGAAGCUAUCAUUGAAGAAGAUGAUGGUGAUGGAGGAUGGGUAGAUACCUAUCACAACACAGGUAUUACAGGAGUAACUGAAGCAGUUAAGGAGAUCACACUGGAAAGCAAGGACAGUAUAAAACUCCAAGAUUGUUCAGCACCAUGUGAAGAGGAAGAGGAGGAAGAUGAAGGAGAAGCUGCAGAUAUGGAAGAGUAUGAAGAGAGUGGAUUGUUGGAAACAGAUGAGGCUACCCUCGACACAAGGAAAAUAGUGGAAGCUUGUAAAGCUAAAACUGAUGCUGGAGGGGAAGAUGCUAUUUUCAAAACCAGAACUUAUGACCUUUACAUCACUUACGAUAAAUAUUACCAGACUCCACGACUAUGGUUAUUUGGCUAUGAUGAGCAACGGCAGCCUUUAACAGUUGAGCACAUGUAUGAAGACAUCAGUCAAGAUCAUGUGAAGAAAACAGUGACCAUUGAAAAGCACCCUCAUCUCCCACCACCUCCUAUGUGUUCAGUUCACCCAUGCAGACAUGCUGAGGUGAUGAAGAAAAUCAUUGAGACUGUUGCAGAAGGAGGGGGAGAACUUGGUGUUCAUAUGUAUCUUCUAAUUUUCUUGAAAUUUGUACAAGCUGUCAUUCCAACCAUAGAGUAUGACUACACAAGACACUUCACAAUGUAAUGAAGAGAGCAAAGAUUCUACCCUAAUUGUUGGUUCUGAUUUUUAAAGAAUUAACCCAUAGAUGUGACCAUUGACCAUAUUCACCAAUAUCAAUAAUUUCUCUAAUAAAGGGACUUAUAUGUUUAUGCAUUAAAUAAAAAAAUGUUCCACUACCAGCCUUAUUUGUUUAAUAAAAAUGAGUGUAAAGA